CGCACGUGAGCCCACAGGUUCGUGUUGCUGCUCUUCUUCUACGCAGGGACGGUAACAGCAAGUUACCGCCAGGUAACGUUAGUCAGGUGCACUGUAGCACCGUUUAGUUUAAUUUAGUUUAGUUUCUUUCUCCGACUGACGGCCAAAAAAGGAAGAUUUUACAAGUAAAGCUGAAAUGGCAUUAAAUGGUAAAAUCGCAGUAGUGACUGGAGCAGCCCUGGGGAUAGGAAAAGCAAUGACAGAGAUACUCCUGCAACAGGGUGCAAAGGUAGCCCUUCUGGAUUUGAAUGAAACUGCCGGCGAGAGUUUGAAGGAAGCUCUCGACAAACUGUACGGACAACAGAGAACUCUGUUCUUCCACUGCAGUGUUGAGUCAGAGGAGCAAAUCAAAGCUGCCUUUCAGAAAACUGUAGAAGCCUUUGGCGGAAUAGACAUCCUGUGCAACAACGCUGGCAUCUUAAAUGAGGCAGAGUGGGAGAAAACUAUCUCCAUAAACCUCGUGGGUGUUAUCAGGGGGACUUACCUGGCUCUGGAGCACAUGAGCAAGUUGAGUGGAGGUCGGGGAGGGGUCAUCGUCAACACUGCAUCCAUGGCAGGUCUCAAUCCUCUACCAAGCUGUCCUGUCUACACAGCCACUAAGCACGGAGUGGUCGGCUUCACUCGAGCCAUGGCCGCUGCAUCUACCGCCUCAGGCUACGGUAUACGAUUCAACACCCUUUGCCCAUUUCUUGUCCAAACUGACCUCUUUUCCUGCAUGUGGGACAGAUUGGGACAAUUUUCCCACAUGGCUGGUGAAGCCAAAAAACAUGCAGACAAAGGGGUGUUAAAUGUGUCUGAGGUAGCCGAUGGCCUCCUCGAGCUGGUGACAGAUGAGACAAAGAAUGGAGAAGCCUUAAUACUGUAUUCCAACAAAAAGAAAUACAUGACAUUUUCUGUACUCACCCAGUGAAUGCAAGCCACAACACCACAGCACCAAGCGCUCUGACUGAAUCCUGUAAUGUUUCACAAUAAAUCAUCAAGUUAUAAUAGUUUUAAUCGCAACAUACUCCACACUUGUACCAGUCAGGGUGAGUCAGGUGACUGGAACCUGUAGAACGGAUAAAUUAUUGAUUAUACUGUAUGUGAAAAAUAAUCAGUUGAAUCAUCACUUAUCUGAUUAUCUAAAUUGUAUAACAUGUUUUAUAUAGUUUAUGUUUAGAAAGCCCACAUUAAAGAAAGCUAUCUGACAUGAUUAAUAAACAAAUGAAAACCUC